AUGCACGCCACGGGCUGCGCGGAGCUGCUCUCCGGGCCGACGACGAGGCCCGCGCCGGAAGGAAGCGGGUCGUUCCGCACGCGCGGCGGCGAGGUCCUGGACGCCGUCGCCGUCGGGUCCGUGGCCACGCCGCGGUUCCUCGUGCAUCAGGUCUACCAGGUCCCCGGGCUGGGGCGGGGGGAGCGCGCCGUCGUCGUCGUGUCCGUGCGCCAGCUCACGCGGCUGGGCCUCGCCGUCACCUUCGGCUGCGAGGCCUGUGACGUCAGGGACCGGGGCACCGGCGCCCUCGUCGGGGAGGGCCGCCUGCGGGAGGAGGACGGCUUCUACUACCUUGAUUACCUCAGGGUCCCUCACCCUCAAAGCUAG